CAAUAACAUAAACCACAAGUAUUCGGGAAUCUUUGCUGUUUCAUGCUGGUUUCUGAGAAGCGAUUUGUACAAUUUGCGUUUUGUGUUUUGCUUGGCGGUCGUCCUUUGGACCUUUCCCAUCCGGCGGCUCGGCACGGCCAGCGCUUGGCUCUCUCGGCACGUGGCGGCGACCUCGUGUCAUGCGCUUCGAUCCGGUGGAUGCGCACUAUGCGAAAGCGAUCCAACGGGCCAACUGGGAGCAGAGCGUGGCCAUUUUGGAAGAGGCGUCGCAAGCAGAGUUGCAACCUGGGAUCAUGAGCUACACUGCCGCCAUCAAGCGUUGCGCUUCUGAGCAUUCUACAAUUCUUGCACUAUUGGCUGAGAUGGACAAGAAGACCUUGGAACUCGAUGCAGUGUCCAUAAGCAGUUCCAUAUGGGCCUUGGGAAGCGACUGGGUGACCAGUUUGGCCAUGCUGGAACGGAUGAUUGAUGGCAACAUGCAGCUGAACACGAUCACAUGCAAUGCUAUGAUCCGAGCUUGUGAUCAAGCCGGCCAGUGGCAACGAGCUUUGGACGUGUUGAAAUUGCAAAGGGCCGAGCAGAUUCAGAUCGAUGCGUUCACUUAUAGCUCUACUGCCAGCGCUUGUGCGAAAGGUGGUCAAUGGACGCUGGGCACAUUGCUCCUAGAAGAGAUGAUCAAAGCAGCUGAGAGCCGGGAAUGCGAAAUCAACACCAUUUGCAUGAAUGCAGUGCUAAGCUGUUUUGAGAAGGCCCAGCAAUGGAGCAGGGCCAUUCUAUGCUUCGAGGAGAUGCCACUGCGAAGGCUGCAGCCAGACAGGACUAGCUACAAUUGCCUGAUGUCUGCUUGUAAUUGGCCCACAUCCUUGCAGCUCUUGGAAGAGAUGACGCAAAUACACCUGCGGCGAGAUGUUGUGAGUUUCAAUGCAGUCAUGCAAGCAUGCGCACGUCGUGGAGAAUGGCCACGUGCGCUUGCACUGCUUCGCAACAUGCAGGCUUCGACUGUCCGAGCAAGCCUUGUGAGCAUGAAUACAGCCAUGAGUGCCUGCGCAGUGGAAGGCAAGUGGCAAGAGACCCUGAGUUUGCUGGCUACGUCCAUCAGUGAAAGACUGGCCGUGGACAUCAUCAGCCUGUCGCUCACGGCGAGCGCCCUCUUAGGCGAAGGGCCCGGAACGCCGAAGGCAUCGAUGUCAUGGGUGAUCGAAGAGAUGGUCAGCAGAAGGAUUCGUUUGACCAGCUCCGUGCGCUCGAGCCUCCUCAGCGCCCUCCCGCUGCGCCGCCCCCGCGCCGUCGUCUUCGACGCCUUCGUCGCCAGCUCCGUCGACGGCGCGUGGCGGAGGGCGGUGGAGCUGGUGGAUGCGACGCGGAAAGGACGCCGCUUGCGCCGGGGUCCUUUGGCCUCUGCAGCCUUCCUUCGGCACCUCGUGACACUCGCCUCGACCUCUGCCUGCCUGUGGCUACGACGGGUGAUGCGCAGCAGCGCGAGGGGCAGCAGCUGUGUCUUCAGGGCCAAUCGCGCAAAGGCGAAGCCUGAUGUGCUGCGACAGCUGAGGGCCCAAGGAUGGCAUGUCGUUGCCGCUCCGUUCCAUGCAGAUGCUUUCCACGCCACCUUCGACCAUUCGACGGACACCGCGACGCUUGGCGUGACGCUGCCGCACUUGACGGGAGAGGUCUACUUCCAGGAGCUCUCCUCCAUGUUGCCCGCUGCCGUUCUACAGGCCGUGUUGCCAGCUGAUUCGUUGGUCUUAGACUUGUGCGCUGCACCUGGAAGCAAAAGCACCCAGCUGGCCCAGUUCCUCGCGAGAGGCACGCACGGGACCUUAGUGGCCAACGAGUUGGAUCCCUUCCGCGCAGGAAAGCUGAGAGCGAAUCUGCUGAGAGUUGGCUUGACGAAUUUCGUUGUGACCACCAUGGAUGGCAGAGCAUAUGGCGAUUUGCUGCCCAACACCUUUGACGGUGUCUUGGUAGAUGCGCCUUGCAGCUGCGAAGGGAAUGCCCGGAAGGAUAUAUUUGCCCUGCUGCUCGCCGGCGAGCGGGACUGGAGCUUGGAGGAAAAGCAGAUGGAGCUUGCGUUGAGUGGAUGGAACGUCUUGAAGUCCGGGGGCUACCUAGUGUAUUCCACCUGCACUCUCAAUCGUUGGGAGAAUGAGGGUGUUUGUGAACGGCUUGUGCGGCUCGGCGGCUGUGAACGUGUUCCUGUCGAGAAGGUGCUGGGAAUGCCGUCCGUUGAUGCUUCAGGACGCUUGUGGCCUCAAGAGUUGGAUGCUGAAGGCUUCUUCGUCGCCUGCUUUCGCAAGACGGCGCCGGUGCACGGCGUCACGGCUCCGAGGAGGGCGCCGGAGCCAUUCCGGCUCCGUGGGGCGGUUCUGUUGGCGCCGGAGGAGGCCCAGCGCUUGGAGCAGCGUGCGGUGGAGGUCAUGGGCUUUUGGCCAGGGGAGAAGGACGAUCUAUGCCACGAGGAUGCGCGCUCGGGCAGAAUUUGGCUAUUCAAGAAAGGGCUUCAGGUGCCUCUUGCACUGGUGCCCUACUGUUGGGAUUUGGGACUCUUGAUUGCCCAACGUUCGAACUCUGUGACCUGCUUGCAGCAAAGCUUGGGCAUCGGCUUUAGAGGGCAGAGAGAGGGGGAGAGAGAGAGAGAGAGGGGAAGAAAAGAAAGAAAGACCGACCGACCGAACGAAAGAAAGAAAGAAUGGCAAGAACAGAGGAAAACGGAAAGACAAUGACAGGAAGGAAAUAAGAAAUGACAUGGACAAAACAGAAAAAAGAAAGAACGGAACGGAAGGUAAAAGCGGAAGCAAAGGAAAAGACAAAUAAUGCAACAUACCCAGCGAACCUGCAGACUUGUUUGGUUCUGCACUUGUCCUAGACCAUGAGCUGAGACUCCUCGGCCCAGGAUGGUUUUGAGCUCUCAGAAGAGCUGUUGCUUCUGGCGGGGCAACGUGCCAGGACGGAGGUAUAUAGUUUGCUCUAGAGAUGCCUGUUGGAUUGAGGAACAAUAUCACACACAUA